AUGGCUGAACCAAUAUCGAGAUCAGCUACGCCAGGGACCGUAGUCGACGCUGAGAUCAACGCCGUCUACGAGCCUGGUGCCAAACGAAAGACCCAAUACGUACCUUACCGUCCUACAGGUUCCGACUACACACCUCCCGCCUCUCCACAACCGUCCUCCACCUCCAACCCGAAUGUUCCCACCGUCCCCAAGAAAGGCUUUCGUUCGAAACCACCCGCCAGCUUGCAGAUGGACACGACGGUGACUCCUGCCUACGAGCGUCCCAUGUACAGUCCAUCGCCCACUUCGAGCCCUCCUCCUCUGGCGCCUCUUCCCUCCCCUCAUUUCUCUUCACGCCAGCGAGCACCGUCCCUUCUCCGCAUGACCGCAGUAUCCUCCCCUCUCAACGAAGGCUUCCCACGCGCAGAACAGCCAAUGGGUUCUCCAACGUUUGCCCCGUCGAUGCUGCGUCAAGGCAGUGGCCCCAUCCCCACCAGCGACCCUCGAACCAUAUUCAAUCCCCUCGCAAGCAAUCCGGUGACGGAGGAUACAAUUUCAAGCCCACAGUCAAGACCUAGAGGAAUGACAAGCACAUCACAGCAGGACUUCGUGCCCCAUCCACCGCUCCGGUCGGCAACCUCGAUACCCGAUUACGGCCAGUACCGCGCCUCGGGAAGAUCAGUACCAUCGAGUGCGUACAGGCCAGACCGUGGUGGUGCCAAUUGGUCUCACAACGAUUAUUAUCCGCCCCCACGACACUUCCGUGGCGAAGAACCUAGAGCUAGCUUUAGGAGUGGCUGGACGAAUGCCUCAUCAAGUUUCGUCGACGCGAGCGGCACGGAGCGCAGCAGUAUGGCUACGGGAAGGAGCUCCAUUGCUAGCGAUAAUCGUAUCAGUGUGGCCUCAGCCCUGAUCGAGCAAUCUGUUGAGCAUGAUGACACCCGGGAGAAUUCGCGGUCCUCCCUUCUGCCUGACGACGACGACGCUGUCGGAGAUUUGAUUGAUGCGUAUUGUUAUGAUGAUGAUGACGAUGAUGAUGACGCACUUGGGGAUGGCUACUCGGGCUCGCCCGAGCUGGAUUCGUCUGUCGUGGAUACUUCAGAUCUAGAAGCCCCGGAUCUUUCUCGAUCAUACUCUCAUGGCGGCUCGUCACACCUUGCCUCGGAACCCAUUGCAACACCUGGCUCACCAGAGCGGAUGGAUCGGCCCCUUUCCUAUGUCGAGGACCGCGGUACCGUGGGGGCUACGGACAGAUAUACUGCCGACGGGAUGCGAAGCAUUCAUAAUGAAUUGAUGGAUCUACCCCAGUUGCCAAAGAAUAUGUCGAGGAUCUCCCGUCAGGACUGGGCGGACUUCGAGGCUUACUCGAAGAAGAACGGACAUUCGCGGGAUGACUCUGGUGAGCAAUCAUCAAAAAAGCGCCCCGACCUCGCCGUCCACAUUCCGCCCCCAAAGUCCGUGGAUCCACUUCCACAGGUGGACGAGGAUGAGGCGUAUCCCCGCCGUGCUUCAACCAGCGUUUUCGACCGCAAAAGCACACUGUUUGAUUUCACCAAAGCCAUCAACUCACCGCCCGCAGAGGUAAACAAGCAUCCUGCGACUCCCACCCUGUCUGCGCCGAGUUCGCCUCUGCCGAGAGUGAGUUCGAAUCGCUCUGCGGCUUCCUUUGCACGGGAUCGUUAUGGCUUCAAGAAGGCCACAGAGAAGAUCAGCGUGGAAACUUAUGACGCCUGGUAUUCUAAAUAUGAACAGUAUGUCGCACGUCGCAGGGGUAAAUGGAUUGCCUUGAUGGAAAAGCAGGGUCUAUCGACCCUGAAUCCAGAGGAAUUUCCCGCCCGCUCGGAAAAAGUCCGACGUUAUAUUCGGAAGGGCGUUCCUCCGGAAUGGCGAGGGGAUAUGUGGUGGUUCUACAGCGGCGGGCCCGCAAAGCUCGCUUCCAUGCCUGGUCUCUAUGCCUCACUCGUGGCGCGCUUGAAAGCGGGAGAGUUGAAUAAAGACGACAAAGAGGCUAUUGAGCGCGACCUCGACCGCACUUUCCCCGACAACAUUCACUUCCGACCAGAUCCUACUCCCGAGAACCCAGAAGGGAAGCUUAGGGGAGAGCCGGAAAUCAUGAUCAAUCUCCGCGAGGUUCUGCAAUGCUUCGCGUUGAACAAUCCUAACAUUGGCUAUUGCCAAUCACUUAAUUUCAUUGCAGGUCUGCUUCUCAUCUUCACGAAACAGGAGGUAGAGCGGACAUUUGUUUUGCUUACAAUCAUCACGCAAACCCACCUGCCUGGUGCACACGCUCGCAGUCUCGCCAACACUGAAGUCAAUGUUCUUAUGAUGCUUAUCAAGGAAUAUCUCCCCAAGAUCUGGAACUCCAUCAACGACACAGAUAUCAUCAACAACGGCGCAGGUUCACAUGCGCAUCCGGAUUCUAAAUUCCAACGUCAGCCCACCGUGGCGUUGUCCUGCACCUCGUGGUUCAUGUCAAUUUUCGUCGGUGUCCUGCCCAUCGAAGUCGUUCUCCGCGUCUGGGACGCUUUUCUCUACGAGGGACCGCGUGCACUGUUCCGCUACGCGCUUGCUAUCUUCAAGCUUGGCGAGCCAGACAUCAGAAAGUUCCACGCGGGAGACGGCGAACUGUUCAUGACCGUCCAGAACCUACCACGAACAUGUUUGGACCCGAACAUCUUGCACGACAUCGCCUUCGUCAAAAAAGGCUUCGGAUCGCUCUCUCAAAACGUCAUCGACCAGAAGCGACAAUUCUGGACGCAACAGUUGGCGCGAGAGAGGAGCGGCCGGAGGGCUCCUAUGCCAGUGCCACAAACCCGCAAGGGUGGCUUCCUUGGUCUGCAACACACUGACAGUUUCGACUCUCAAAAGACCGGUGGCAAUGGUUUGAGGAGAAAGGCCAGCAGGAAGUUCUUCAGAAAGGAUAAAUCAUGA